AUGGGAUCAAUCACUAGCCCACGGACCAUAGUCAGCAAUGCUCGCAUCUUCACCAGCGAACCUAAUGCAGACGAGCUGAUCAAUGGCUGUCUGAUCAUACGAGAUGGCAAGAUCGACUAUGUGGGCGAUGAGGCAGCAGAAGAGGUCGAGUUCGGCGGCUCCCUUGAGAAGCUCGACUUGAUAGCAUAUAAGACGCUCGAUGACAUUCGAGCCCAGAUUCGGCAAUUUGCCAAGGAUAGCCCAAACGCUCCACGACUUAUGUGCAAGGGAUGGCUCCAGAUCUCUGUACCAGGUACAGCGAUGGCGAGCAUGUUGGACGACAUCGACCCCCGGCCCAUCUAUGUCGAAGCUAUGGAUCUGCACUCGAUGUGGCUCAAUACAGCGGCGCUGGUCGAGUCUGGGAUCAUGGCAACGGAGGUCGAUCCUGACGGCGGGAAGAUUCAUCGCGACGCGGAGGGCAGGCCAUCUGGUCUAGUUGAAGAAGGGCCGCUCGUGACAAUGAUCUGGCCUUUCCUUGCGGAUGCGCUCUCCAAAGACGAGAAACAUGUUCUGUUGCAGAAGGCCUUCGAGGCAUACACAGCAGCAGGGUACACUGGCGUGAUCGAUAUGGCCAUGGAUAGCAGCAUCUGGUCGGCGAUGGAGCUCUAUCGUUCACAGAACGAGACGCCGUUCCACAUCGCAGCCCAUUGGCUCGUACCGUACAGCGACGAUACAGCCACGAUCGACAAGCACCUCCAGAAAGCAAUCGAGAUGAAUGGCCGGUACCACCCCUCCACAUCACCAGACUUCUGCAUUGUCGGCAUCAAGAUCAUAGGAGACGGCACCGUCGACGGCUGCACAGCAGGUCUGAGUGAACCCUACAACACGUCCACCGCCCAGCCUCCCACGCCCGUAGACCCAAUCUGGCCAUAUGCACAGCUUAAGCGCCUGGUCCACGCCGCAGAUGCCGCAGACCUCCAGAUCGCCAUCCACGCCAUCGGCGAUAAGACCAUCAACGAUGCCAUUAACGCUCUCGCUUCCUUACCUCCGAACCCUCCUUACGUACGCCGCCACCGCAUCGAGCACCUCGAACUUACCUCGCCCUCAGACGCCCGUCGCCUAGGCGAGCUGGGCAUCAUCGCAUCCGUGCAACCCGUGCACUCAGACCCAGUCCUGUUCCGCGCCUGGCCGACCCUCAUCGGACCACACCGCUGCAAGCGUGCUUUUGCGUACAAAGAGUUCCUCGAUGGCGGGGCUACACUCGCGCUGGGAACUGAUGCGCCCACCGCGCCGCACUGGCCGUUGCGGAACCUGUAUAACGCGACGACGCGGAAGUCGGCGCUUGACUUGGAGUGUAAGGACACCGUGAACGAGGAGUUCAGACUAGGACUGGCGGACGCGGUCAGGGGCGUGACGAGUGGCGCGGCGUACUCGCGGCGUGCAGAUGGGUGGACGGGCAGGCUAAAGGUCGGUGCGAGCGCGGAUUUCGUGCUGGUUGAGUUGGGUGGGUGGGGUGGUGAGGAGAUGAUUCGGGGGAGGGUACUUGAGACGUGGUUCAGGGGGAAGAGGGUCUAUGAUUCUAAGGCAUAA